UUGUGAUUUAUUUAUCCAAAUAAAUGAGCAAAGGCAAUCACAGCAAUCUAACAGUCCUUAAAUGUAACAUUGUGGCAUGUUUUCACGUCUUUAAUGGUUUAUUUAACAGUCGAAAUUGUCAGUUUAGGAACUAGCUAGAGAGCUAACACUGCUGGUCCUGCAGCUGCAGCAUUUUAGCUGACAUUUAUUCAGUAUAUUUAUGAUCACAGUGUGCUUGCAUUGAGGAGGUGAACGGCAGGUUAUUGAAAUACAAAGCUACACUCUUAGCACUGGGAUGUUGUCAUGGAUAGGAUGAUCUGUCUCCUCUAUCUGACUGCUAUCUUACGUCCCUGGCCUGCUCGGCCUGUAUACAGAUAAGGCAUGCAUGGACGCAACCCAGCAGAUCGAGGACUCUUUCUUCGGAGAGGAGGAUGACUCUGAUGAUGAACAUGAACUGGGAGAAGGGAAGAAGCAAAGAGAGCCACUUGCCUUACUGAAAGUGUUCAAAAACAACCACAUCCCAGAGACAGAGGUGCCUCUCUACCAGGGAGAGAACGUUUUGGGGAGAGACCCUGCCUCUUGCUCUGUGGCGCUCCAAGCCCGUUCUGUAUCUGGCCGGCAUGCCGUCAUCUCCAUCUCCGUGCUUGGUCCUAAUGAUCGUCAUGCUCACGGUGAAGCCACAGAGGCCCUGCUGUGGGACCUGGGCAGCUUAAAUGGCACCAGAAAGGGUCGGCUUAAACUGACCCCACAUGUACGCUAUGCACUGACUGAGGGAGACAGCGUGGUGCUCGCUGAUCUGCCCUGCCAAUACGUCAGCCUGAAGAACACAGAGAGGAACACACACACAUCCACAGCUGAUGGUGGGAGAGAGAAAGCGAAGGGUCCGACGUCCACUAGCAGUAGCUCAGAAGGAGGCACGGGGAAAGGAGUGGAGAAUGGCGGGAAGAAGAGUGCUCUACCUCCUGUGCCAGUGUGGACUGACGAAGCGAAAAGUCUUCAAUCACUACAGACGACCCCCAAAAAGCCAGAGAGGACCCUGGUGCCUGAGUCUGACUCAGACUCUGAUGGAGAGAAGCAUGGAAGAAAAGAGAGGAGGAGGAUUGUGGCCUCUGACUCGGCUUCUUCUGACCUUUCCAGCCCGACGUGUUCAACAUUCCUGACCCCAGCAAACAAAGUCAUUCCAGAGAGUGAGGAUGAGAGCUCCAUUACUCCAUCCUCAGCACUGAAGGGUAGAUUUCUAAAGACAGGGAAUGACACUGAAGUCUCCUCAGACUCCUCUAAACCCGACCCACUGCACUUCAACAUAGACAGUGAUACAGACGUUGAGGAUGAAGAGGUGGAAAUGACGAAGGCUACAUCGGGAGUUGAGGCUGCGGUUACAGCAGCAGUGGACGAUGUAAGUCCUGCUGAUCUGCAUAUGGACAGUGACACUGAUGUAGAGGAGGAAGAGAUGGAGAAGGCCAAGAGAGAUCCAGAAGCUUCAGCUGUACCUGUAAAACAGGACUCGGUAAAUCCAGCUGCUGUGACCAUGGACAGUGAUACAGAUGUAGAAGAGAAUGAGCCUGUUAAAACGGACACCACUGCGCUUUCUGGACCUGAGGCUGCUCUAGAGAAGAAGAAAGAACCAGCGAGGUCUGCCCAGUUAAACUUGGAGAGUGAUACCGAUGUAGAGGAUGAAGAUGUUGCUCAUAUCCAAGACUCGAGACCUCCAACCAGUCAUGUAGCCGAGUUCAACAUGAACAGCGAUACUGAUGUAGAGGAAGACGAGGAGACAACAAAAGCUAUCGAGCCACCUUCAGGCAGUGAGACGGGCAGUAAAGAUCUGGGGAAACAGGCCAAAUCUGUGGACAGCAACAAAGUUCCAGAUGCCAAAAUGUUACAUCAUCAGUCAGACAGUGAUACAGAUGUGGAGGAUGACAUCACUGAGAUCAGAACUCCCACUGUAGCCAAGGCAACAGGAAACUCUCAGACGCGUUCAGAGAUUCAGACUGCUGAUGAACGCAGCACAGACACAUGGCCUCCUGCUGAAACGGUGCGGGAUGAGUUCAGGCUGGACAGCGACACAGACGUGGAGGAGGUUGAAGAGAAGAUGGAGGAGAAAGAGCAGAAGUGUGCAGAAGCAGCAGUACAGAUUUUCCACUCGUCUACACCAAGAGGAGCAGGCUUGUCUGAAGAGGAGAUGGAAACAGAAGCAUUCCUCAGUCCAUCUCAGCUGUUCAAACGGCCGGUUCUCCCCUCUCUCCUCCAUCCAUCUGUCUCUCCUGGAGGUAUCAGUCACACGGAUGAUGACUUUGCUGUGGCUGAAACUCAGUCCUUUGUGUGUGAUGCUGCUCAAGCUGAUGCUACACUAGACGAGACGCCUCAGUCGCUGGAUAGCCCUGAACCUCGGUGCUCAGAUGGAGCCUCAUCCUUCCAGCUGGGCCUUUCAGACGGCAGCCAUCAACUGCCAGAAGCUGAAGAGCAUGACCAGGAACCUGCAGAGGAGGACUGGCAGCUGCAGGCAACUCAGUUAUACGCUAUGAAAAAUUCAGAAGGCAAUACUAAAGCUGGGCAAACCCAGCUGGAUCUGGAUGCUACACAGGCUUACACUGAUUUGAUGGGCCAAGAAGAGGAGGAAGAUGGAAGAAAAGAGGAAGAAGAAGAGGAGACGCAGCCACUGGCUGCUCUGGGCCACUCCAGCAUCCACACUGCUGAAACACAGCUCAUCAAACACAGAGCCCAGAAUGAAGAUAACAGUGAUCAUGACGCUAAUGAGGAGGUUGUUGCUAGUGAACCAGAAAGAAAGGCAAAAGAGGAUGUAAAUGAUGAGAUGCAAGUGGAUUCACAUCUCUCCACUGCAGACACUCUGCUGCUUGUCAGGAGCCCGAGGCAGGAGGAGCAUACUCAACCCUAUGCUUUCCUUGCUGCCCAAAUUCAGAAAGAACAGGAGGAGACAGAGAAAGAGGAGCAUAAGAGCAGUGAUGAAGAGGUACAAGAGACAGAUGAGGGAGAAAGGGCUCAAAAUGAAAUGAAAGAAAGUGUGGAACAAGGGAAUGAUGAUGAAGAAGAAGGGAGACAGACAAAAGAAAUGAAGAAUGAAGUAACUAGAGAUGGGCCAGAAGAGGAGAAGAAGGAAAGAGACGAGAAUAAAAGAGUAGAAAAUGAUAAUGAAGUAGAUGAAGCACGAACACAGCCUGCUGAGGCUGAUACUAUUGUUGAAACACUGCCUAUGUGUGAAGAAGAAGAGGGACAGGAGGAAGAGCAGCUGAAUGAACCUAGCUCAAGCAGAGGAACACAGCCUGCUAAGGCUGAGUCAACACAGCCUCUCGAGCCUGAUAUUCACACUCGUGAUGCUAUUGCCGAAACACUGCCUAUGUGUGAGGAAGAGGAGGGACAGGAGGAAGAGGAGAAUAAACCUAAGAAUAGCAGACGACCUAGCAGAAGGAGACAGACUGCUAAAGCUGAGCCAAAACUGCCUGUCGAGUCUGAUAAAGUCACCCAUGUGACCAUUGCUGAAACACAGCCUAUGUGUGAGGAGGAUAAGGAGGAACAGGAGGAAGAGCAACAGAGUGAAGCCAUGUCUACCAGGAGAUCCAGUAUGAGGAGACACAAUGCUAAGGCGAAGCCUGCAAAGCCUGUCAAGUCUCACGUUGCCAUUCCUGAAACCCUACUAAUGUGCGAAGAAGAGGAGGGACAGGAGGAAAAACCACAGAGCGAAGCCAAAUCUGGCAGAAAAUCCCGCCGAGGAAGGCAGACUGCUAAGAUUGAGUCCACACAACCUCUCAAGCCCGAUUCUACUGCUGAAACAAUGAAGAUUGAAGAAAAGGAGGAAGAGCAAGACACUAGGAGGAGCCUGAGAGGAAAAGAAAGAAGAAGAGCAGAAUCUGGCAAGGGUAAAGGUAGAGGAAGAGCUGCCACAGAGAAAGAGAAGAGAGGGAAAGUAGAGCAAGAGGCAGACAAUGAAGAGGAGGUAGAUGGAGGGAACAGAGGAAGAGGACGAAAGGACCUGAGGCAGAAAUCCAAAGAUGAUGACAAGGCCAGCCUCGAGCUAGUGGAAGCUGAAAAUGAAGAAAUAGGACAUUUAAAAACGCAAGAGGAUGAGGAGGAAAGUAAGAGAGUACAGAGGGAGAAGAAGGAAGAAGAAGCUAGAGAUCGGCUAGAAAGAGAGAGGAAGGAACAAGAAGAGAAUACGAGACUGGAGAAGGAGAGGGAGGAGAGAGAAGAAUGUGAAAAGAGGGAGCAAGAAGAAAAGGACAGAGUGGAGAGAGAGAGAAUAGAGAGAGAAAAGAAGGAAAGAGAAGAGAAAGCAAUUAAAGAAAGAGAGGAGAUGAAAAGGUUCGAAAGGGAGAAGCAGCUGGAAAAAGAAAGGAGAGAACAAGAAGAAAAAGACAGGUUAGAACAAGAGAGAAUAGAGAGAGAAAAUAAGGAAAAAGAAGAACAAGAGAAACUAGAAAAGGAGAUGAGGGAAAGACAGGAGCUUGAGCAAAAACUUGAAAAAGAACGGAAAAAACAAGAAGAAAAAGACAGAUUAGCAAGAGAAAAAAGGGAUAGAGAAGAGAAAGUACAGUUAGAGACAGAAAUGAGGGAAGAGAAGGAAAAACAAGAAAAAGAACUGGAACAAAAGGAGAAGGAAAAAGAGAGUAAAGACAAUAAAGAGGGUGUGGAAAAAGAAAAGAGACAAGCACGAGGAAAACAGAAAACAGGACUAGGAAGAAAGGGGAGAAAAAGCAAGAAAGAGGAGGAGCAAGAAUUAGAAGAAGGAACUAAAGAAAGAGUGGAGACUGAACAGGAAUCAUGUAAGAUACAAAAACAACAAUGUGAAGAAGCGAGCGGUAAAAAGCAGGAGGAGGAACAAGCUGACAGCGACACGAAACCCAGACAAGGCCGACGCACUACCAGGAAAUCUGUUGCGCCCCCUGCUGGUGUGGAGGACGAGGGCGGUCCAGCUAAAAGAACUCGCUCACGCUCCAACUCCUCCAACUCUGUGUGUUCAGAGCAAUCCACUCAGGAUAGCUUGAGCGAAGGAAGAAGAACAGGGGGAAGGAGGAAAAUGGCUGAAGAAGUGAAUGAGAGAAGCAGGCCAUCAGGCAGAAGAACAAUUACCGCAGCGGCCUCUAGUGAGAAGGAGGACAUAAAGCAGGCUGCUCCCUCUCGCUCCAACUCCAGGAGCUCUGACAGAUCAAGCAGCAGUGUGGCCACUCAGAGCCGAGGCAGGGGAGGGAAAGGGAGGAAGAGUGUGAAAGUGGAAGAGCCGGAGGAGGAGGAGAAGGGAGAACAGUCAGCAGCUGUGGGGAGAGGAAGAGGGAGAGGAAGAGGAAGAGGUGGGAGACGUCCUGGGGCAAAUGACAUUAAAGCAGAGGCAUCUGGUGAGGCAGAGAAGGAGGAGGAUGAGGUUAUGGCUGUUGCUGAGGACAGUGUUACGAGCCAAAGCAGCAGCAGGGGGCGUAAAAGAGGUGCUGAUGUUUCUAUGCUGACGGCAGAAAGUCCUCAGCCGACUCCUAAAACCCCUCGCCGUUCUCUAGCCGGACAGACACACAAGGUUCUGUUCACAGGAGUAGUGGAUGAGGAUGGGGAGAAGGUGGUGGUGCGCCUGGGUGGAGGGCUGGCGAAAGGUGUGGGUGAUAUGACUCACCUAGUGACCGAUAAAGUCCGUCGUACUGUUAAGUUCUUGUGUGCCGUGGCCCGAGGAGUGCCUAUCGUUACCCCUGACUGGCUGAGUAAGUGUGGUAAAGCAGGAAGCUUCCUCUCACCUAAUGCAUUCUUAGUAAAGGAUGUAGAGCAAGAGAAGAGAUUUAACUUCAGUCUGCAGGAGGCUCUGAGAGCAGCCAGCUCUCAGCCCUUAUUGCAGGGCUAUGAAAUCCAUGUAACGCCAUCAGUGAAGCCUGAGCCUGCUCAUAUGAAAGAAAUCAUCACCUGCUGUGGGGCACGCUUUCUUCCCAGAAUGCCCUCUGCUCACAAGGUUCAGACUGUGGUGGUGUCGUGUGAAGAGGACAGGGCACUGUGUGAACGAGCUCGGAGUUUGUCUUUUCCUGUGGUUAGUGCUGAGUUCCUGCUGACUGGCAUUCUACAGCAAAAAGUGGACAUGCAAACACACACUCUUUCUCUUUCACCAACUGCUACAGUGCCCAAACCUACCGCCCGGACACGUGGAAAGUAGUUUCUGGGCAUAAAACAUCCAUAUGGAGUCCACUCCUGUGAGGACUGGUGUGUGAUGUGAUUUCUUCAGAGCACUUAUUGAAAGCUGCUAUUAACUGUGAGACAUCGGCCGAUCCUCCAUACAUCUUUGAACUCUGUCAAGUAAUUUUUAAGCUACACUCUUAGAAAAACUAGUAGUAACUGUACAUUUCCUUGUUGCUGGAUUGGUAGCCUUGGGGGUACAUCCUUUGUUCAUUUGAUAUGCAUCUUUCACCUGGAAAUGGGGAAAUAGUGUACCUUUAAACAUGAUUUAAGGUAAAUUAAUGGACUGUAAUUAGUUUUUAGGGUAAAGCUUUAAAGGUACACUAUACGCAUCCCACGUAGCAAACUGAUGUUAGGCCAACGUCAGCCAUUUUGUUGGGCCAAGGUUGGGUGCCAGGGUCGACAGUCAUCUUUAAAUCCACCUUGCCGGCGUUUAGCCAGUGUCAGCCGUCAUGUCAUGUCAAGACUGGGUGCCACCUUUAAAUCCAACAGUGUGCGUUUGCUAACACUGGGGGAAAGUCAGCAGGGUUGUUAUGAAAAGUGAUUGAUCCAUUGCCAGUGUUGGGGCAGAGUUGACACAACACAAAUAAUCACAUAACAUCAGUUUUCCACCUGAUCCCUUUUCAGUGAAAAGACGCAUAUUAAAGUUACAGAAGGUUUUACACUUGAAGGCAUCAUCCCAGCAAUAGUAUCCCAUGUGAAUAAACUUUUGUAGCUGAAGAA